CAGCAAAAACAACUCUUAUUCACAUGGGAGAGAAAAAAGAGCACGCGAAAAAUGAUCCCGAUGGAGGAGCCAAGCAAGACGACCGACCCGCCCCUGUCGUUUUGAAACUCGACAUGCAUUGCGAGGGAUGCGUUAAGAAGAUCAAACGAGCCGUUCGUCAUUUCGACGGUGUGGAGGACGUUAAGGCCGAUCUAUCAGGUAACAAGCUAACUGUUGCUGGAAAAGUGGACCCCGCAAUGUUGCGAGAUAAACUAGCGGAGAAAACUAAGAAGAAGGUUGAACUCGUUUCCCCUCAGCCCAAAAAAGACACCGCCGCCGAUAAACCGCCGGAGAAAAAGCCCGAAGAGAAGAAACCCGAAGAUAAAAAGCCCGAAGAAAAAUCCCCCAAAGAGAGCACAGUGGUGUUGAAGAUCAGAUUGCACUGUGACGGUUGCAUUCAAAAAAUUCGGAAGAUUAUCCUCAAAACCAAAGGAGUUGAGUCGGUGAAGAUUGAGGAAGGCAAGGAUUUGGUGACAGUGAAGGGGACGAUGGGGGUGAAAGAAAUGGUACCGUAUCUAAACGAGAAGCUGAAACGGAACGUUGAGGUGGUCCCACCCAAGAAAGAAGACGAUAAGAAAGAGAAGAAUGAGAAGAAGGAAAACAAGGAAGGUAGUGACAAGAAAGAGGGUGAUAAAAAACAAGAGAGUGCACCCAAGGUUGAGGUUAACAAAAUGGAACAUUAUGGGUACGGGUACCCACCUCCUCCUAUGUAUUGGUACGAUGGAUACGCACCUGGUCAAAGUACCGGUAGCAGUAGCUACGCGGUGGAGGUUCAGCCAGGGUAUUCGAAUCAAGGGUAUAUUUACGUGAACAAUUAUAACCAGCAUGGGUAUGUGAACCAAGGGUACACGAUGGAACCACCCCCAUUGUAUUUGCAUCCUCAUCAUCCUCCUCCACAGAUGUUUAGCGAUGAGAAUCCCAAUGCUUGUUCUGUGAUGUGAGCCGUA